GCGGCGGACGGAGUGGGCCGGGCCGGGCUGGCGUGCCGUGUCAUGGCGCUGCUGGACCUGGCCCUGGAGGGAAUGGCCGUCUUUGGGUUCAUCCUUUUCUUGGUGCUGUGGCUGAUGCAUUUCAUGGCCAUUAUCUACACCCGAUUACACCUUAACAAGAAGGCCACUGACAAACAGCCAUAUAGCAAGCUCCCAGGUGUCUCUCUUCUGAAACCACUGAAAGGGGUAGACCCUAACCUAAUCAACAACUUGGAAACAUUCUUUGAAUUGGAUUAUCCCAAAUAUGAAGUUCUCCUUUGUGUACAAGAUCAUGACGAUCCAGCCAUUGAUGUGUGCAAGAAGCUUCUUGGAAAAUAUCCAAAUGUUGAUGCUCGUUUGUUUAUAGGUGGCGAAAAGGUUGGCAUUAAUCCUAAAAUUAAUAAUUUAAUGCCAGGAUAUGAAGUUGCAAAGUAUGAUCUUAUAUGGAUUUGUGAUAGUGGAAUAAGAGUAAUUCCAGACACACUUACUGACAUGGUUAACCAAAUGACAGAGAAAGUAGGCUUGGUUCAUGGGCUGCCUUAAGUAGCGGACAGACAGGGCUUUGCCGCCACAUUAGAACAGGUGUAUUUUGGAACUUCACAUCCAAGGUCCUAUAUCUCUGCUAAUGUAACUGGUUUCAAAUGUGUGACAGGAAUGUCUUGUUUAAUGAGAAAGGAUGUAUUAGAUCAAGCAGGAGGGCUUAUAGCUUUUGCUCAGUACAUUGCUGAAGAUUACUUUAUGGCCAAAGCGAUAGCUGACCGAGGUUGGAGGUUUGCAAUGUCCACUCAAGUUGCAAUGCAAAACUCUGGCUCAUAUUCAAUUUCUCAGUUUCAAUCCAGAAUGAUCAGGUGGACCAAAUUGCGAAUUAACAUGCUUCCUGCUACAAUAAUCUGUGAACCAAUUUCAGAAUGCUUUGUUGCCAGUUUAAUUAUUGGAUGGGCAGCCCACCAUGUAUUCAGAUGGGACAUUAUGGUGUUUUUCAUGUGUCAUUGUCUGACAUGGUUUAUAUUUGACUACAUUCAACUCAGGGGUGUCCAGGGUGGCACACUGUGUUUUUCAAAACUUGAUUAUGCAGUAGCUUGGUUCAUCCGCGAAUCCAUGACAAUAUACAUUUUUUUGUCGGCAUUAUGGGAUCCUCCUAUAAGCUGGAGAACUGGUCGCUACAGAUUGCGUUGUGGAGGUACAGCAGAGGAAAUCCUAGAUGUAUAACUACAGCUUUGUGACUGUAUAUAAAGGAAAAAAGAGAAAUAUCAUAAAUUUUGUUUAUAUAAAUGCUUUUAAAGAUCUACCUUCAAUAGUUUUAUCACAUGUACAUUUUCGUAUCUGUUCUUUAAUUUAUUUUGCAUGGCACUUGGCAUCUUUGGGGGGAAAAAAACAAAAUACACAUCUGUAGUUUUAGUCAAAUGGUACACUUUAUUUUGUGAAAGUAGAGAAUCAAGAGACUUGGUUCCAGGAACCUGGGUUUGUUU